UAAUUAUAAGUGGCGUUGUGAUUGUAGUUGUGGUCCUCACAAGCUUUUUUCACCUUUUGUCCUAGCAUGGCUAGCCUAUAUUCAUUACAUACUCUUUAGCAAACUUACAUCUCUCCUCUUUGGGCUUACUGGAAAUCUUCAUAUUAAAGAAAAGCAUGGCAACCCAUAUCCAUGGUAUGUCAUUGAACAACAUAGCAGAAAACAAUGACUUUGAUGAAGAGGAAGAAACAGAGGAGGAAGAAGAGGAGAGUAACUUGAAGAGGAAGAGAUUGAAUCUUGAAAAGAAAAAAGGGUCAAAUAGUGAAGGACCCUGUUGUCAAGUGGAGAAAUGUGGGGUUGAUCUGAGUGGUGCAAAGAAGUACUACAAAAGGCAUAAACUUUGUCAAGUCCAUGCCAAGGCUCCAAUCGUUCUUGUUGCUGGCUUAAGGCAGAGGUUCUGCCAACAAUGCAGCAGGUUCCAUGAGGUCUCAGAAUUUGAUGGCACUAAAAGGAGUUGUCGCCGGCGUUUAGCUGGACACAAUGAGCGGCGUCGGAAAACCCCACUAGCCAUUAAGCUGGAAGAUGACCAAUGCAGGCAGAUGAAUGGAGAAGACAGACAACAGAUAACCUUGACAAACAGAAAUGCCUCCUUCAAAAACUAUUACAUCCACUAGAUGAAUGCUUACUCUCUAAUGCUUACUCUCUUCUGUCAACCCGUAACAUCUUUCUUGUCCCUUUGUGUUGUUAACUUAUAGUCAGACCUAAAUGUAAACGCUAGAUGUUUGUUCAGUUAGUUCUACAACUGCAGCUAUGACAUGAGCUCGAGCUUCGAACUCUCAUGGUUAUAUUCCAACAGUUGUAUGGCACAAUAUUCAUGACUUACACCUC